AUGACCGUCAAACCGAAUAACGACAUCAGCCAUGACGCGGCUCCUCCCUUGGGCGACUCCAAGAGCCUUGCCGAGGACGCGACCACCACUCUUGAGCAGGAGCAGGACCGGAACCGAGAUCAACCCACCGAGCCAGGGGAAACGCAGCAGCAGCAGCAGUCGUCAUCGGAGUCGGAGCUUGUGAACCGGGGUUUCCAGGCGCUGGAGGUGAAGAAGGCCAACUGGUGGUCCUACUUCACCACCGUGGACUUCUACAUCGUCCUGGUGCUGGGCCAGGUCCUCGCCCUCUGCAUCACCUCCACCAACACCUUCUCCUCCUUCCUGGCCGAGAACGGGACCAACAUCCCGGCCUUCCAGAGCAUCUUCACCUACAUCCUCCUCCUAAUCAUCUGGUGGCCCAUCGCGCUGUACCGGCUCGGCCCCCGCGCGUGGGUGCGCGCCCUCGUCCGCGACGGGUGGAAGUACUUCAUCCUCUCCUUCCUCGACGUGCAGGGCAACUACUUCACCGUGCUGGCCUACCGGUACACCAACAUCCUCUCGGCGCAGCUCAUCAACUUCUGGGCCAUCGUGGUGGUGGUGAUCCUCUCGUUCCUCCUGCUCCGCGUGCGCUACCGGCCCUUCCAGAUCGUCGGCAUCCUGGUCUGCUGCGGCGGCAUGGGCCUCCUGAUCGCGUCGGACCACAUCACGGGGGCCAGCGGGAACGCGGCGGCCGACCGGCUCCGGGGCGACCUCUUCGCGCUCCUGGGUGCCACCUGCUACGGGCUGACCAACACGUUCGAGGAGUUCCUCGUGUCGAAGCGGCCCGUGCCGGAGGUGCUCUCGUUCAUGGCGCUGUGGGGCAGCUGCAUCCUCGCGGUGCAGGCGGCCAUCUUCGACCGCGCGUCGAUCCAGCAGGCCGUCUGGACGGGGCCCGUGGUGGGCUACCUCGUCGGCUUCACGCUGUGCCUCAGCCUGUUCUACUCGGUGGUGCCGCUGGUGCUGCGGCUCGCGUCGGCGGCGUUCUACAACAUCUCGCUCCUGACGGCCAAUUUCUGGGGCGUCGUGAUCGGGAUCCAUGUGUUCGGCUACGCCGUGCACUUCCUCUACCCGGUCGCCUUCGUCCUCAUCCUGCUGGGCCUUGCCGUCUAUUUCCUCGCCGGCGGCGUGCUGGGCGAGUCGAAGAAGCCGUGGCUGGGCGAGAACCAGGAGGCCGGCGUGGCUGGGUUUGGCACCGCGAAGCUUAAGGCUAUCCAGGCUGCUCGUAAGCAGCAGGCUCUCGCGGAGGAGGAUCUUGAGGGGGGGAGCGUGCCUGCUGUGGCGCAGCAGCAGUAA